AUGUCAUCAUUAAAUGGCAGUGUAAGUCCAGGUGCAACUGGUGGAGCUAGAAAGUCUAGAAAUAAUAAUCAAAAUCAUCCUCAUCAUCAUCACCAAUCGCGUGAUCAACAUCUUCGACAUACUACCACUACUACAUCAACAUCAUUAAUUAAUGAUAGUAAUAAUCGUCGUUCACGACACUCAAAUCAAACUCACAUUAAAUUAAAUCGUUCAAACAGUAAACAAAAUAAUAAAUCGACAAUUUUAUUUAAAAAAAGAAUGAACAAAUCAAAAAAGGGACUGUUUUCAACAAAUUUUAAUUCAAUCCAUUAUGUAAAUCAAUUAUCAACAAGAUCAUAUAAUUAUUCAACUGGUAGAAAGAAAUUACAAGGUCUAACUUCAGUGAAUAAAACAUUGUCACAUCAAUUCGAAAUGAGUGGACAGUUAGAACAACAACAACAACAACAAGAGGCUAUCGAUUUAUCAAUGCAUCACAGAUCACAAUGUAUUCAAUCAGAGACUACUACACCUUCAUCAAUAACAUACGAACCAAUAACUUCUCAUUCAAUAUCAUGUAAUUCUUCAAUGUUUCAUAUGAUAAACAAAUUAACUACUGAUAAGACUAUAUCUACUACUAAUACUAUUGAUACUACUAUCAGCACCAAUACUAUUACAAAUGUAAACAUUAAUCCACAAAAAUAUUUGAAACAUUUGAAUACAGAUUUAUCAUUGAAAGAAAUUGGACUAGAUUUAUCUACUUCAGUAAAUGAUAGAAUACCAAAUUAUCUGAAAUUCUCAACUGAGGACAAAACGAUACAUCCUACUAACUUAAUGAUGUGUAGUAAACAAACUAACGCCAAAGAUUAUUCUUAUCAAUCAUCUACAGACUGUAAUUUAACAAAUCCAUCUAUUGUAAGCAGUACUGUUCAAUGUAAAGAAUCAAUGGAUCAACUAAAAAACUCUAAUUUCCAUUUACAUUCACAAUCAACAACUCAAAGUCAACAAGAUAAUGAUUUAAUUGAACAUUGUACAGAUAUAAUUCAAGCUAAUGAUCAAAACGUUCGUUAUAAAACUAUGGAAGAGAUAAAUAUACAGAGAAAUUGUAUACAACAAACAAGUCCAACAACUUUGAAUGAUCGUUAUGUUUGUUCGCCUGGAUCACCGUUAUCAAAUGAAGAUAUAUUGAAUGAUUCCAAUGUGGUUAAUUUUAUGGGAAGACGAAAUAGAACAACAUUUUCUGAGAAACAAGUGGAAUUCCUCGAAUCAGCCUUUAAACAUACACAUUAUCCUGACUUACAACUACGUGAAACACUUGCCUAUCAGACUAAUUUACCUGAAUGCAAAAUUCAAGUAUGGUUUAGUAAUCGGAGAGCUCGUUGGCGUAAACAAAUCAAUUUUACUAGUCAAAAUACUUUGGAAUUAGUGAAUUCACCAUGGCAUACUUUUAAUAAACAACCAAAAUGUGAAGCAUUCACAUCAAACAAUGAUGAAAUACAACAACAAGCUAUACCUCUUUCUUCAUUAAGUAAUAAACAUUAUAUUAAUGAGAUGAUAUAUCCAUAUGCAAAAACAUCACAUGAUCCAUUGAAUACUGAACACUUAAAGAAUACUGGAUGGAAUUUAGAAAAAACAAUCACAACAACAAGAACACAUGAAGCUACAAAUUGUGAAAAACGACAAUCUUCUCCAUGUUCAGAGAAUAAAAUACUCAAUGAUUAUUAUCCUAUUCAAUGGAAUUAUUCAAUUAAAUCAAAUGAUUAUCAAACAAGUUAUUUAUCACCUUCAAAAGAAACUCAACAAUUAUUCCAUACAUUUGAAGAGAAUUCUGAAUGUUCAUUGAAAUCAGGAUUCGCUACACAGAGCAAAUCUAUGGAUUAUAGUAAAACAACUCCGAAUAAACCAUCAAGUUCAACUAUGACUGAAAAUAAAUAUACAAUUCAAAAACAAAUAGAUGAAUUAAAUAAUAAUAAUUUAGAAAUAUCAUGUCAUUUAUCAACAUCUAAAUUGUAUCCAUUAAAAAUAGAUCAUAAUUCUGAUAUCAAUGAAUCUAUUGAACCAGAUUCUACAAUGGAUAAUCAAAAAUCACCUUAA